UCUAUCAUUCUUGGGACAAAAACCUGGGGAUGUCCAGGGCAGGGGACAGGAGUACCACCACCUACCCCACCUUAUCCCCUCUUUUCCCUAAGCAAACCUGCUCCCUGGUCUCUAACUCAAUAGCCUCACUGACUGCAGUAUGCCCCCAGGUGAAGACCAAGCCCUGCCACUGGGGUUGGAGAGCUGCAAGCCUGCUGUUACUGCUGCUGGCACUGGCUACUGCAGGGGCUGUGGCCGGAGGGCUUCUUGGGUUUGCUCAUAGCCCUUCCAAGCCAUUGCUGCAGAUGCUCCGGCUGACCUUCCCAAGCCCCCAAGUCCCCUGGUCCAAUCAAACCACCAUCGUGGACGUGGCCCAGAAUAUGGCAACCAUUAUAGUGACUCCACCUCAGAGCAACCGCAGCUGGGCAGUGCUGUUCGACGGGCAGAGCGGCUGCAUCUGUUACCGUCCUGCAGAGCACCAGGCCUGCUUUCUCCGCCUGAUGGAGGCCCGAGAUCGGGAAACCCUGCAGCUGCUGAUGAACACCUCCAGGGCCCAAGGGUCCCUCAGCCAAGGUCAUGACACCCACCAUGCCCAGGAGCUGCUGGCAGUACUUGGGAGACACACUGUGGAUCCUGCCCAGGUGGGGGCUUCAGUGCAGCACCUUUGUGCAAAGACCCCCAUCUACUGGGCCCGUCAAGCUGAGGGUGAGUUGGGGCAGGAUGUGUGGAAGGGCUGUGUGGCUCCUGCAGAACAAUCUACAGAACUACGUAGGAGUGCUUUGGAAAUUCAUGAGUCUCCCUCCCACCCAGGGCCCCAGAGGCAGCGGCUGAUCUAUCUCUGCAUUGACAUCUGCUUCCCAAGCAACAUCUGUGUGUCUGUCUGCUUUUAUUACCUCCCAGACUAAGCCCUCUGCCUGGCCCAGCCUGGCCACUGCCCCAUGGACUACCCAUGGUCCCACAGGCUAGUUAAGUUGGCUGUGUCAACAGCACCUGGAGGGCAGCUGCUGACAGGGACUAAUAAACAAUUCUACCUGGC